ACUUCUCCCACCCGAGCUUUGGGCACUCAGCUAUGGGAGAUUAAUACUCCAAGAAAUCCAACAUAUUGAUACUCCAAGAAAUCCAUCUCUGCUGAUCCAAAUGCCAAAGGAAUGCAAAACAAGACAUGGCCAUUGUUCGAGGAUUGGGAAGAAAUAUUUGGAAAAGAUAGAGGAACGGGAGAGUUUGCAGAAGGGCCGGAAGAUGCUUUUGAGGAAAUUGUUAGGAGCCAAGGUCAAGGAGUUUCUAAUGACAGGAGAUUAGGAUUUCUUAUUGAAGUUGAUGAUGAAGAUGAUGAAGAAGAUGCUAGACAUGAACCUGAUGUAGCCCCUGGAGAAGCGGAAAAUGCUCAUAGACCUAGUAGAGCUUCUCAAAGUGCAGAUAGAGCUUCUCAAAGUGUAAAUCCCGAACACCAACAAAACCAACAACAAGGUAAAAAUACUAGAAGCUCCUCUUCUAAUGUCAAUGAUAAAGAGAAAAGCAAAAAAAGAAAAAGAACUGUUGAAGAUGUUAACGAGACAGCUUUAAGGGAUUUAGUUGAUGUUAUGAAGGAAUUUACGACAAAUCACGGCAAAAUAAUGGGUGCUUUAAUUGACAUGUUUGGGGCGCGUGAUGAAUCUGAAAUUCGUGGAAAAGUUUUAGAUAUCCUUUCAUCCCGCUAG